AUGGCUCCUAUUGCGCUGAAGAAGCUGACUGCGUUACAGACGGCUCGAGAAGCCGAAAUUGAGAGCAUUCGUACACGCCUGCUUGCUAAGCAGCGUGACUCGCUUAAUAAAAGCAUGGUCCAGGCGCGACUUGAUGCUGUUAAGCAGAUUUGGGUGGAGACUAGGAAGACGCAUUCUGAAAUUGUCGUUAGGGACGAUGCAGAGACAGAUGCGUAUAUUACAGAUCAAUGGUUCGAUCGCAUUCAGGGUGUUUACGAAUCGGCUCUUGACGAGAUCCUAACACUGCUUGCUUUAUUCGACAAGCCUGAUGCUGAUGAUAGCGCUAGUAUGGGGGAGUCGGACUCAGAUCCUGAGGUUGUCAAGCUUCCAAAAAUUAGUUUACCUACGUUCUCAGGUAACGGCGAGGACUGGGCUAGUUUUAGCGAUCUUUUCACUUCUCUCGUGCAUAGUCGUUCUGGCAUUUCUGACGUCACGAAACUGCAGUAUCUCAAGUUAUGCUUGACUGGUGUGGCUGCAGAGCUGAUCAAGGACGUGAUGACAACCAAUGCGAAUUAUGCGAGCACUUGGCAGACGCUUAAGGAUCGUUAUAGUAAUCCUAGGUUGAUGAUCAAUAAACUCUUGACUUCGUUUUUAGAAAUUCCGCAGAUGAAGAAGGAAUCGGCUGCUGAAAUGCGUGCGUUCGCUGAUGAGGCCAAGCGGAUCGUUCGAGCUUUGACAAAUUUGAAACUUCCAGUUGAUCAUUGGGAUAUUUGGUUUGUUUUCUUGUUGUCCGAUCGCCUGGAUCCGGAGUCUCGGAAGCUGUGGGAGGCUAAGCUGAGUGAGAAGGACCAGGAGUACGUGCCGGAGGCGGACGAGCCGGAGCGUGAUAUCAACAGCGCUCUUCCUAAGUUUUCAGAUUUGCUUAAGUUCCUUGAAAGACGAGCUCAAGCUCUUAAGAUGUACCCUUCGGAGCGCAAGGCGGAGAAGAGAUCAGCUUCUACGCCAACAUCAGGACCUCAGCCUCGGAAGGUUUUCCACGCUAGAUCCUCUCGUUUGUCUGGAAAUUCUAAUUGCGUCCUUUGUAACGGCACGCAUCCUCUCUCGAAAUGCUUCAAGCUGAAAGACAAGAAUCCACACGAGCGGUUGGCAACGGUCAAGCAGUUACAGCGUUGCUUUAAUUGCCUCGGAUCUCACAGAGCCAACGCUUGUAAUUCUUCGGGACGUUGUUCUACUUGUCAGGGUAAACAUCACACCCUCUUGCAUCUUAAAUUCCAGGGAAACUCGCAAGCUGGGCACCAGAACACCGAUAAUUCUCAGGCGGGCGGCUCUGGCUCGAAAUCUGUCGUGAGUUUGCAUGCAGCGGGCGUCACGUUUCCGAAGCGGAGAAUCGUUCUGGCUACAGCAAAGGUGCAGAUUAUAGGUCCAAGAGGAGACAGCACCUUUGUACGAGCACUCUUGGAUCAAGGGUCGGAGGCUUCGUUCGUUUCGGAGUCGAUUGUCCAGCUGUUAGGGCUCCGAAAGGAGCAUACUUGCGUACCAUUGACAGGGCUUGGCGCUAGUGCAGCGGGCACUGCGCGCUCGAGAACUCAGCUCGUUCUAAAAUCCAGGGUCGACACAAUCUUUCAGAUUACGACAGAGGCGCUCAUUCUUCCUCGUCUAACGUCACAGCUCCCAGUCGACAGCAUUGAAGAUCUCGAUCUUAUGCAGUUUGCAGGGCUCACUCUCGCAGAUCCGGAGUUUUUCCUAUCGAAUAAGGUCGAUGUGAUUCUCGGUGCUGACGUCUACGGGCAGUUGCUCCGAUCGGGAUUGAGACGCAUUCCUUCAUCGCAGCUUGUCGCUCAGGAUACGGCCUUUUGUUGGAUAAUGUCCGGAGUUUUACCGGCGAAGGAUUCACGGCGGGCGGAGUCGCAUACUUCCACACCGUUGCAGGUAUUGCAUUGCGCUUCAAUGCAGGAGCUGGACCAAAUGCUGCAGAGGUUCUGGGCUUUCGACGAGCUUCCUUCGUCGUUUUCUAAGUUGAAACCGGAGGACGAAGCCUGA